UUGAGGCUCGGGCGCUCUCAGGUGGACGAGUCCGGGAGCCGCUAGCGCUCACGCUCCGAGGGGCGGUGACGGCUGCAGGAUUCUAGGAGCCAUGUUGUCAGAAGCGUUGACAGUGUCUGCUCCGGGGAAAGUCAUCCUUCAUGGAGAACAUGCUGUGGUCCAUGGCAAGGUAGCGCUCGCCGUGGCCUUAAACUUACGAACUUUCCUCCGGCUUCAACCCCACAGCAAUGGAAAAGUGUGCCUUAACUUACCAAACAUUGGUGUCAAGCAGACCUGGGAUGUGGCCAGGCUCGAGCAGCUGGACACAAGCUUUUUGGAGCAAGGUGACAUCACAGCACCCACCCUGGAGCAACUGGAGAAACUGAAGGAGGCGACAGGCUUGCCCAAGGACUGUGCUGUCACCGGCCACCUGGCUGUGCUGGCUUUCUUCUAUUUAUACCUGUCCAUCUGCCGGAAGCAGAGACCCCUGCCAAGCCUGGACAUUGUGGUAUGGUCGGAGCUGCCCACCGGGGCCGGCCUGGGCUCCAGUGCUGCCUACUCGGUGUGCCUGGCCGCCGCCCUCCUGACCUUGUGCGAGGAGAUCCCAAACCCGCUGAAGGAGGGGCAUGGUGUCAGGUGGACCAAGGAAGAUUUGGAGUUAAUUAACAAGUGGGCCUUCCAGGGGGAGAGGGUGAUCCAUGGGAACCCCUCUGGCGUGGACAAUGCUGUCAGCACUUGGGGAGGAGCACUCCGCUACCAGCAGGGGAACAUCACAGUCUUGAAGAGGCCACCGGCUCUCCGGAUUCUGCUGACCAACACCAAAGUUCCUCGCAGCACCAAGGCCCUUGUGACCAGCGUCAGAAACAGGUUGAUCAAGUUCCCAGAGAUCGUGGCCCCCCUCCUGACCUCGAUAGACGCCAUCUCCCUGGAGUGUGAGCGCGUGCUACAAGAGAUGGCAGCAGCCCCGACCCCGGAGCAGUACCUCGUGCUAGAAGAGCUCUUCGACAUGAACCAGCACCACCUGAAUGCCCUCGGCGUGGGCCACGCCUCUCUGGAUCGUCUCUGCCAGGUGACUACAGCCCAUGGGCUGCACAGCAAGCUCACCGGUGCGGGCGGCGGCGGCUGUGGCAUCACGCUCCUCAAACCAGAUGUGGAACGGCUGGAGGUGGAGGCCACAAAGCAGGCCCUGAGUGACUGCGGGUUUGACUGCUGGGAAACCAGCAUUGGUGGCCCCGGUGUCUCCAUCCACGCGGCUGCUUCCUUGGACGGCUCCAUCCGCCAAGCCCUGAAUGGCCUCUGACAUGGACCCGUGCUGCCACCGCAGCCCCCUGAGAAACCUCGUCUGGUGACUCUGGGUACUAGAGGGGCCUUCUGUGCUGGGCACGGGCUGCGUCCUACAUCCUCUGUGCUAGCGGGCAGUGGGGCAGGGCAGGAUCCUCUGAGACCGGACUUGAGAUGUGAGGGCGCUUCCCCAUCUUUCCUGACCCUCCCACGGAGGGGCCCCACCUUUCUUGGUAACUUCCUUCGCAGCCGUGGUUGGCGCUUGGGUGCGGGGCUGAUUCCUGAACACCGUGCCUUCUGGUCCCCUCCACUCCUGUACUUCCACCUGUCUCCUGAAACCAGGCCCCUGCUGCCUUCCCACGAAGCCUUCCAGGCCCCUGGCAGGCUGUCCCCCUCCCUCCUGUUCCGUCUUCCAUCUGGUUGGACCACUCAGUACUCUGCAUGGCCUGCCCUUCCCGCCGUGGAGACUGGACUCCCUCGGGUGGUGUCUGUGGUGGUCUCUGCCUUCUGCCCUCUUGCCAGAGGCUCAGCUGGAUGAAGGCAGGGCCAGGGAUCACUUUCCUCCGAUCUGUACCUGAGGGGUUUGCAAGAAAGACGGCAAAGGGGAAUAAAAGAUCAUGAAUAAACAACCUCGCCCCAGUCCAGAAGGGGAGGAUCAGUAGACGCCA